AGUCGCUCCAAAGUAUCCGACAGAACCUCACGGAUUUUUUAAACAGAAUUUUUGUGCUUUAAUAAAAUAAAGAAUAAAUUUUAAAAGAAGUAAUUGUACUAUAAGAAACAAAAGGAAUAACUUUCAAUUUAGGUGGGAGGAAUAUUAGUGAACGUUUCAACGAGGGAAAAGGAGUAUUUUAGUGAUUCCCUUUAUUGAAUGGAUACAGUUGUCGAAGAGACGCACAGUGAAACCCAUCCAAUGAAGGCUGAGCAGGUGAGGCCAGGCGGUGAUCUGUCGGUCCUCCUGACACCACCAACUCCCACGGCGCCACAACCAUCACCUUCGCCCCUGCUGCCAGAUACGCAGUGUCUUGUUUCGUACUCUCAGCCUAGCAGUAGAAGGAUGACGGGGGAGAAUACAGCCCUCCAGGAGAUGGUAGCCUUCGCCAGACGCCCAUCCGCCGUGAUAGCUGCCUUGCGACGAAAUUCAACGGCAAUGGUCGCCCACAGACGGCUAUUUCUGGACCUCCUACCGUCUCAGAACUCCCCAACGGCAUCAGGAAGUAAGCAGUCUCUCAAUAAUGGCGUAACCAUCCCAGACAACACAAUGGCAUACGAAGCUCGCAUGAAAAAUCGACGUAUUGGAGAGGACGCAAUUAGUACAGCACUAUCUGCCCUGUAUGCCAAAUUAAUUGUCGUCCUCGGCAUUGCGCUACCCGUCACGGAUAUUCUCAGUGUACGUGGCCAUGCGUCCUUCUACCAGGGCUUCUACCUCUACCUCUACCUGGUCAGUGUGGCAUUCGUGACCUACAUGUAUGUAGCGCACGUGAGAUCGCGUACUCUCUUCACAAUUCUCAAUUCAUACCACGAAAAGACUGGCGAAAGUCUCAACAGAUUGGGGCUCAAGCAGGAGAAGAUUGCUCGAUAUGGGAGCUUCUAUUUGCGCGUUGGGGCUGUGGCUUUUGGGAUUGGGAGUAUGGUGUACUCAGGCUUGGAAUUUGGGCAGUAUUUUGAAUUGAAAGGAGAAUCAAAAUGCCAGAAUGUCUUGGUUGCGUUGAGUCCUGCCACAAGGAUGAUCCUCUCAAUUGUUCAAAUGCAAUUUAUCUUUCUCAAUACAAAAGAAUUCGAAAUGGGACGCCACAAAGUCAUCGCUCGCUUUGGAUUGAUGCACAUGGUGGCAACAAAUCUGUGCGAGUGGCUGUACGUUCUCAUUGAGGAGACAAAGCACGAAAUUGUUCACAUCGUCCAUCAGCACUUGAAUGAUGUACCAGUUGAGAAUGUAUUCCCGCGAAAUGUCACAUCACCCCAUCAUCUGAUGAAGCGUGGUACCUCAUGGGAGAUUGUGGUGGAGUGCCGACGUACCAACAUCAUGGGGAGUCUCGUGCAGAAUGCAUCACCCUUCCUCUUCCCAUGCACAAUUGAGUACUCCCUCAUCUGUGCGGUGAUUCUAUUUGAGAUGUGGAAGAAAAUUAAAUCUCAGUCAGACAUCAAUCGAAGCCGUCGCAAUUCCCGAAAGCCCCAAACUCCCGAAAAUGCUCAUCACUUCUCCGUGGAUUGCGCCCGAGCACAUCGUGGAAUGUUUGGGGGCAUUCUCAUCAUUGUACUGACCAUUAUCUGCCUCAUAAUGUACUUUGUGCUCACGGAGCAGCAGCACCCAUACAAAUCAAUGGCUAUCCUGGAAGUUACCAUCUCAGAGAUUAUUCUGUACCUCGUCACAGGGAGUGCUGUAGUUCUUGCCUUCCUGCGAAUGCGUGAUCUUAAGUAUUCGAAGAAGCACGAGAAUAGUGGCAUUGGCUUGGAUUGUACGCUCUUGCUUCUUGCUCAGAGUGGUGUCUACAUUUACGGCAUCUUCAGCAUUAUUGGGAACUUCUUUUCUAUUUCCGAUGGAUCAGGUGAAGGCGGAAUGGAAGGAUUAAUUGCUGAGGUGAUCUGCCUCGGGGAAACGAGCCUUCAGACUAUCUUCAUCCUCAACGCAUGGUGGCGACGCUGCAAAGGUGCUCAGCAGAAUAGAACUAAACCCGGAAGGGAGAUUGUAACAUUCCUCCUAGUCGCAAAUAUGGCCAUUUGGUUCUUGAACACUUUAGUCAAGAAUCGUGCCUCAUUUCGACCAACUCAUCUCAGUUUCUUCGGUGUCUGGGCAUGGACGAUCAUUACACACGUCUCCAUGCCACUGGCCAUUUUCUAUCGCUUCCACUCCACAAUCUGCCUCUUUGAAAUCUGGAAGACAGCCUAUAAAGUUAAGAAUGAACACAACUAAAUGGAUCUACUGUGAGAGAGAAUUUAGUUAUGAUUCCAAUCAAACUUGAUUGUUGAUCAAUCAAGCUUCUACCAGCUGGAUCAUUGAUCUGCGAUCAGUAUGAAAAACCAGCGAGACCUGUAAUGCUAUUGCAAAUAGAUUAAAUUUUAUUAUAAUUAUAUAAAGAUUUAGUAUUCCUGCUGAGAAGGAGUUCAAGAAGAAAAAAAAAUUAAAGUAGCAAAACGAGAUUCGAACCCACAACUUGGGAUUUAUCAACUAACGUUCUUACCGACUGAUCUAAAGAUAAAGUGAUUGCAGAAGUGGUGGGAUUUAUUUUCUAUGAAUUUGUUUGCAAAUUAUUCUUAAAAAAAACCAAGAGAAUUCUUCGGAAAUAUUCGGAAUAUUAGAAAAAAAUUCUGUAAAAAGCAAAUAUUCAACAGAUAAGAAAAACUUUUGGAGAAAUUCCAAAAUGACUUUCUUGCAAACAAAUCAAUAAUCUAACCACCCUGUAUCUCAUUCUAUGCCCUCGUGCAUCUAUUUUAUGUUUUCUCAAUUUUUUAGUCAUUAUAAGACUAUCUUUUAAGUGUGAUAACACCAUUUCAGUGCAAGAUCAAGGAAGUUUUGUGAGAUUAACAAUUGUUAUUUUUAAUUAAAUUGUAAGAAAUGUAAGAAACGGUUGAAAAAAAUAUACCUCAAACAAAGCUCAAAAUAA